ACAUCAGCUGACUUUUCCUCGUCCUCUUACCUUGUAUUUGAACAACUUGUGAAAUGCCACUAUUUAAUAGUUGGAUUGGUCGUUUACACGUAUCCUCGAUCCUUUCCAACUCACCCUGACCGGUCCGCAUUUGCUUAUUCUGUCUUCUGCCGGUCUCCUGUCCCCCCCGAAUAAACAAAAACAAUGCUUUUAACGGUUCCGGCGUACGAUUGACACGAGUUUCAUGGUAUUAUUAGAGGGAAGACAAAUGUUAAGAAUAGAGGCGAAAGCAUGAAAUAGAAAUGUCGAGGAAAAGGUGUAGAGAAGAAAGUGCACAGCCAAAAGUGGAACCAUCCACUAAUCAACUUAAAAUGUCAAGGUCAAACACCAAACCAGCACCAUUUAGUGAUGACGCUGAAGCCAUUUUAGAGAGAGAACAGUGUGAUUACACCCAGCGGUUCUCAUACAAAGCAGCAAAAUCUGGAAGGAGUACUAGGAGGAUAAGGGUAUAUGCAGAUGGUAUUUACGAUCUCUUUCACCAGGGACAUGCCAGGCAGUUGAUGCAGGCAAAGAAUAUUUUUCCAAAUGUUUAUCUCAUUGUGGGAGUUUGCAGUGAUGAAUUGACUCAUUCUAAAAAAGGUAGGACAGUUAUGACCGACAUUGAACGCUAUGAAGCUGUAAGGCAUUGUAGGUAUGUAGAUGAAGUUGUAAGGGAUGCUCCUUGGCAACUAGAUGAUAAUUUCCUGAACGAUCACAAGAUUGAUUUUGUUGCUCAUGAUGAAAUACCAUAUAUGGGGGACAGUGGAGAUGAUGUAUAUGCACUGCUGAAGGAACGGGGCAUGUUUGCCGCAACCGAAAGGACAGAGGGGGUCUCUACAUCAGAUCUUGUUGCUCGGAUUGUCCGGGAUUAUGACAUUUAUGUAAGACGAAAUCUUGCCAGGGGUUACAGUGCAAAGGAACUGAAUGUUUCAUUCCUAAGUGAAAAAAAGUUUCGACUGCAAAACAAAAUGGAAGAGUUAAAAGACAAGAGUAAACGAGUCAUGGAAAACAUUGGUGAAAAACGAUUCGACAUGAUCCAAAAGUGGGAAGAAAAAUCUAGAGACUUCAUCGAUGCUUUUCUCCUUCUCUUCGGAAGGGACGGCAGACUGUCGCACAUCUGGAGUGAAAGCAAAGGAAGACUGAUGCAGGCCUUCUCACCCCCUUCCAGCCCAAGAAGAGAAAGUAGUCCAUCAAGUAGUGAAGAUUUGAACAGGAGGAAGAGAAAAAAAACUGCUUCCAGCAACCAAUACAACGAUCACUCUUGUCGAGUUAGGUCCUCCACCUUGCAAAGCUGGUCGCUUCGAUGGCGAUGAUAGUGAUGAAGAGCAAACCUCUAACCUUUCACCGUAGCUCCAUAUGAAUAUUCAAGUUUCUAUGUAUCUGUUUUGUAGUAAAUUAUUGCAGCUAUUUAA